CACUUCACUGGGCACGUGUACAAUAGGGAACGCAGAUCAGAAAUCAGUCAACAACGACGCAGGUUAAGCGUGGUUGAGAAGAAAGAAACAUGUCGGAAGAUAACAGAUAUGAGUUUACAUUAGCAGACAGCAAGGAACCACCCAAGAAAUCUAGACUUGUACUAUGCCUGGGUGGAUCUGUGCUCUUGUUGUCCGUAGCGGUCAUCGCAGCGGUGAGCGCCAUGAUUUAUCAAUAUUUUGCUCUGUCUGCAAAGAUGAACCACCUGACUGUCACUUGUAAGCCAGCUGACGUUGUCAAACAAUACCCGGGUUAUUUUCGGACACCACUGGAACAGAUCGAAGUAGAGCGGCGGUAUAAUCAGGAUUCACAAUACCUGACUACAGUACCCCUGCCAAACUGCACACUGAACUGCAUCUCUAGGGCGAAACGGGACACCACGCAUGCGUUCUCCCCACGAAACGAAAUGGAGGUUUUGGCUGUAGGCGCAAGCGUAAUACGAAAGCUCGCGCGGACCAAGCGACAAGAAUUACCAAACCCUGAAGGAAACCUUGGACGCAACCCAAUUUUCCACGGUUGUUGCGAAUCAGAAAAGUCGUGGAUCGCCCCAACAACAGCAACAAACCAGAAGGGAGAAACAGUGAACGUCAUCCAGUUAGAUGAACAUAAGCAAUAUUUCUUGCAGGAGUCUUGCAAACCUGCUCCUGGUUGCGAUUUCUGCACAUGCGGCCAGCCAGAGCCGUUUCUCAACACGGCCGUCGUUUACAAAGAUGAUGAGAAGAAGGAGUUUCAUAAUGACGUUAUUAAGCUGCCUGGCUGCUGUAAAUGUCUGAACAUAGGGGGGAGCACAUAGUCUGCUUUUUGAGAACACACAUGCAAGAAACUGGAACUGGAGACGUACCAAACAAUGAAGCGUUUUAUAUAUUUCAGUCUGGGAAAAGUAGAUUCUUGUUUAAACAAAAUGGAUGUCAAGGCUUGAAAUGGAAAGGCAUGUUAUCAAAGACACAUAUGUGCAAAAGGCGGCUACAGCUCUGUUCCUUGAAGAUAUACGCAUUUACAACGCCUUUGAUGAGCUGGGAUUCUGGCUCAGCUAAUUUGGUCUUGCGAACCAUCUGUAUGUUAUAGACAGACAUGACAGCGGUCGAUUUGAAAUGCCCUGCAUGGUGCCUGACGCAACACAAAGUGUUACGAUUCUAGCGUUAACGGCAUAGAGGGAAUCGGUGAACUGCAGGUUUUUGUGAUAAAUAAGGUGUUUGCUCACAAUUGGAGAUUUUAGAGUUCGAAUUAUUUUAUCGCUCAUGGUAAGAAAGUCAUUUCGAUAACAUUUACUACAACAUGGGCGUAUGAAAAAGUCACCCCAAAACAUAUUUAGAGUAUACACGAACGAUGGAGAAAAUUGUGGAGCUGAACUGAACUAGCGAAUGUUAUGUUCCAGAAGGAAAAGGGAUGUCAUUUAUGCCGAUCUGACAGAGGUGAUCGAUAAGGUCAGCAAAAGCUCCCUGACACCUUUGUCAACUCAUAUGAUACCAUACUGUGUCUUUACCUUUAGUGACACAAGAAUUCCCCCCCCCCCCAUUUAAUAUAAAUAUUUAAUAGCACGCUCAAUAACAGUCUGGAUUUAGCGUCUGUUGAUCCAUUCACCAUUGAUGACUUAUGUUCUAAUCCACCUAACUCCCGCUAGUUUACCUACAGCUCUGUUUUCAGGCCGUAUUUUGAUGUAAUAUUUUCAGUUCUCGUACCACAGUAGAUCUGCGGGGGUUGUUUAAAUAUUUAAAAAAAAAUAUUUUCCCGUGAAACUAGUCUGCGGUACUUAUAUUGAGCCACAAGGAAUUCCACUCACAAACAGCCACAGGAAUGAUUUUUUGUCGAAAUGACAAAGGUUGAACAGAAUGGAAGAAAUCCGUGUUCCAUAUCACCGAGAGAAAUCUUUUCGGAAAGGACAAAAUACAAGUUUUUACAACAACAACAGUACAACAACCCUCAAAUACCUUGCGUACACAGCUUAAAGAGAACACAAAA